CCGGCCUGCUCCGCCUCCUGGCCCAGGGCUAUGGCGCUGUGCGAGGGGUUAGGCUCCGGGAACUCUCUGCUCUGGCCUCGGGUGCUUCUCUUCGGAGACUCCAUCACCCAGUUUUCUUUCCAGCAGGGUGGAUGGGGCGCGUCCCUGGCUGACAGGCUGGUCAGAAAGUGUGAUGUUCUGAAUCGCGGAUUUUCAGGCUAUAAUACUAGAUGGGCCAAAAUUAUCCUUCCGAGGCUGAUCAGGAAAGGGAGCAUUUUGGACAGCCCGGUGGCGGUCACAAUCUUCUUCGGGGCCAAUGACAGUGCGCUGAAAGACGAGAACCCCAAGCAGCACAUCCCGCUGGAGGAGUACGUGGCGAACCUGCGCAGCAUGGUGCAGUACCUGAGGUCCGUGGACGUGCCCGAGAGCAGGGUCAUCCUCAUCACGCCGCCCCCGCUCUGUGAGGCCGCUUGGGAAAAGGAGUGCCUCGCGCAGGGUUGCAAGUUAAACCGCCUGAACGCGGUGGCUGGUGAGUAUGCCAGCGCCUGCUUGCGCGUAGCCCGAGACUGUGGGACAGACGUGCUGGACCUGUGGGCCCUGAUGCAGAAGGACGGACAGGACUUUUCAUCCUAUUUGUCAGAUGGACUACAUUUAUCACCAAAAGGAAAUGAGUUUCUGUUCUCCCAUCUCUGGCCUCUGAUAGAGAAGAAAGUCUCUUCCCUGCCGUUGCUGCUCCCUUACUGGCGAGACGUAGCAGAAGCAAAACCAGAGCUCAGCCUCCUCGGAGAUGGGGAUCAUUAGGCCCAGAAAGCGGAGGCUGCUGACUUUACAGAACAGACGUCACCACGCGCCAAAACUCCAAGAUAACUGAUCGAGUAUUUUUUUCUCAAGCAUAAACCUUCGCUCCUGACCUUGGAGCGAAAAACACCGCCACGUGAAACCGAGAUUAAUAAAAAGCACUGUCGUUUUCAGAAGAGCUCUGUCCUG